AUGUACAACAAUCAACCUUUGGCGGAUCAUACACCUGGGAAAUGCUCAUAUGACACCCCUACCUGGAGGCGGCUUGAUCAAGAGCGCCUGCAGCUGCUUCAGGCGAUUCAUGACGAGCGUGAUCCCAGCCGGGUUAAAGAGAUGUUGGCCAGCUUUGUUGAUGUGGAGAGCAAGGAAGAUUUCUCCAUCCAGCUGCCCUUCCGCUGCCAUUAUGGUUACAACAUCCACCUUGGAGCUGGUGUUUUCAUCAAUCACAAUGCCACAAUCCUUGAUGAGGCUGAGGUUACCAUUGGUCAAGGCACACUCCUGGCAACUGAUAUCAAGAUAUACACUUCAACCAAUCCUGAUGAGCGUUAUCAGGACAACCAAUCUAAGAUGGAAUACCGUUAUCCCGUCUCAAUUGGCGACAACUGCUGGAUUGGAGGUGGGGCGACCAUCUUGCCUGGGGUAACAAUUGGGGAUGAUGUUACAGUUGCUGCUGGAGCGGUUGUCAACAAAGAUGUUGAGAGUCGUUGUCUGGUUGCUGGUGUCCCUGCUAAGGUCAUCAAGCGCUUUCCCAAAGCAACUUGA